AUGGCUGGCCGCAAGACAUUGUUGGCGCCUAUUCACUUCAUUUUCAGCCUGCUGCAGAAGCGCAGUACGGUCUCGAUCUGGCUUUACGAGCAGCUUGCUUUCCGAAUUGAGGGAAAGAUUCGGGGUUUCGAUGAAUUCAUGAACUUGGUUAUCGACGAUGCAGUGGAGGUCCGUCAAGCUACACAGACAGAGUCGGAAAAGCGCAGGCCGCUGGGCCAGAUCCUCCUCAAGGGUGACAAUGUCUCCCUUAUCCAAGCCGUUUAA